GUGAGUGUUGCGUGCACACGUUGUGUGGUGUGUCGUUUGGGUUCGAUAUAUUCACACGUGCAACCCGAUGAGAUUCGAACCUUCAGACUUGGGGAUGGCAUACCACCCCUUCUUGCUGCCGCCCCGGCCUAGUGAUUUCAGCGUGAACUCUAUUCUGACGCCGCCGCCCCAUCACUACCUGCCGGCCGCAGCGUUCCAUGCCUUGCCGCCUCCGCCUUUGUUUCCGAAGCCUCCUCUCACGCCCGAAGAUGUCCUACCGCCCCAUCUGCGCCCCACCAUGAGGGGUCUGGAGCCCCCAGAGGAUGAUGGGGUGAAAGACGACCCUAAAGUGACUCUGGAAUCCAAAGAUCUGUGGGACCAAUUUCACAAGUUGGGGACAGAGAUGGUGAUUACUAAAUCUGGGAGGCGCAUGUUCCCUGCUUACAAAGUCCGAGUCAGCGGUCUGGACAAGAAAGCUAAGUACAUCUUGUUGAUGGAUAUUGUGGCUGCAGAUGACUGUCGCUAUAAGUUCCAUAACAGCAGGUGGGUGGUGGCCGGCAAGGCAGAUCCAGAGAUGCCCAAGAGGAUGUACAUACAUCCGGAUUCUCCAUCCACUGGAGAACAGUGGAUGCAAAAGGUGGUCUCCUUCCACAAGCUCAAGAUCACUAAUAACAUCUCUGACAAGCAUGGCUUUACGAUUCUGAACUCGAUGCACAAAUACCAGCCGAGGUUCCACCUGGUGCGGGCAAAUGACAUCCUCAAGCUCCCCUAUUCCACCUUCAGGACGUACGUCUUCAAGGAGACGGAGUUCAUCGCUGUCACCGCCUACCAGAACGAAAAGAUCACACAGCUAAAAAUCGACAACAAUCCAUUCGCAAAAGGUUUUAGGGAUACAGGAGCUGGCAAAAGGGAAAAAAAAAGACAAACCAUGAUUAUGUCUCAAGACGGCAGUUCUCGUGAUCGGUCAAGCAUGGGAUUGUCGAAUGAUCACAAAAUGGAUGAGGACAGCAGCGAAGAAGACGAUGAAAAGGUAGACGUUGGAGGGGUUGCAGAUCUUCGGCCCAAUUUCAGUUUCUCCGGUGAUCAAGAAGUGCCUAGCAAUGGAUUGAACGCGAAAGAAAACAACGAUAGCGCAGCAAAGAAAGAUUCUCCUUUCAGUGCCGACAAUUUAAUCCGAAAUCGCUUGUCUCCCAACGAGCCCCCAGUCAUCAUCAGCGAAGGUGGACCAAGUGUCAGUGUUUCGUCAUCGUUCCCUCCAUCCCACAUGUUACCGUAUAUGUAUUCUUCAGGACUCUAUCUGCCACCCCCUCCUGGUGUCUUCUUGCCAGGGAGCAAUACUGGACAUUUUCCAAUGCCAGGACCUUUUGGACCUACUCCAUCCACCUCUUCGCUGCAUCCCAGCCUUUUAUUUAACGCCCAUCUAGCGAUGUCACAGUCACUUUUUAACCAAAGUUAUACCUCUACCUCUGAAGCUAUGAAAUACCAUCAACAUCGGUUUUGGCCCUACCCUGUAGUUUCAACACCUGUAUCUGUUCCUUGUCCUCAGCCUAGUAUGUCAGAACUUCGAUCUCCUAUGUCCACUGGUUCUUCAUAUGAUGGAAGUCAUUUCAAAUGUUCGUCAUCUCCCGGGUCAGAUGGUGGAGCAAGUUCUGUAGGGUCUUCGUCCAGUGAUCUGAAGAACAUGGAGAACAUGGUAAAUGGACUGGAACGACAACAAGGGAUGCCAGUAACAUUAUCUACCCUCAGAGACAAAUAGUCAAGAGGGUUGAUGGUUUUGUAUAACGAUUUCAGAAAUUUUUCAAUAAGUUUCUGUUUUAUUGGAUGAAACUUUCCGUCUUACUUUCAAUGGAAUUGCUUUUAAAUUUAGUCAACUUGUUAUGGAGAAAGAAGGAAUCUGCUUCUAAAGCAUAAUGGACAGAUCAUCUUGUAAAUAGCGUGAAUCAUUGACUCUCGCUUUUCUCCUGUCCUGUGUACAUAAUUAGAUACGCAAGCAAAUCUUCACGAGGAGAAAGCUGUAUUCAGGAAAAGAAUUCAUGAUAACCAUCAUACAAAAAUACAUCGAGCAAGCAGCUUUUUCUGAAUUAAAAAUAAUAAAUAUGAAAAAAAAACAUAUGAAAUAUACUAUCUUUGCGGAUUAAUUGUACAUUCAUUUAAUGUCUGAUUUUUCAGUUUCCAUUUAUAAGGUCUAAUUUUCGUUAAGACAUUG